CUCGCAAUAUUUGCUCCGGGUCGAGCAGAUAAGGUUAGAGUGUAGGGAGGGUGGAGUAAGAGUUCAGUAAGAUACGGAUAGUGUUUUGGAGAUUGAAGACUGUGAAAACAUGCUCACGUAAUUCAGGACCCUUAGCCGGUGAAGGAGGAGGGCAUAUUUGGAGCAGAGGGGGCUAAACGGUGUCUCAUGGCGGGACUAUCGUACCUGGUGCUCCGCUUUUCGGGAUCCGCUGGUCGGACCUACGGUGUGUUUUCUAAAGGACUAACCAGGACUUUGUUGAUCUUUUUUGAUUUGGCGUGGCGUCUCCGCAUCCGAUUCCCGUAUCUCUACCUCAUCGCUUCCAUGAUGUUUAACGUCCGCUUACAGGUCCACAUUGAGAUCCAUUAAUUUCCAUUCACAAACUUCUGUUAACUGAAGAGUCGGCAUCUCUGGACCAGAAGGCUAAUAUGCUGCCGUUACUGCUGCUUCGGAAGUCAGUCGAGGUCAAAGGAACCCCAGAACUGGAAGAACUAUGGACGCAUAUACAAAGACGAAGCUGAAAACCUGCCCAAGGGUAGCAUACAGAAAAGACCUAUGGAUACUCAAAAAAAAUUUGGGAACAUUGAGGGGAUAUAACAGCUGGUCAUCUCACACGGCAGCUCACUGCUGACUGCCGUGGCUUUGGAGUGGAAAUCUUUGGGGUGUGUUCUGUGCGAUAAGGUUAAUGUUUCAGGGAGAUACAAUUUUGGUUCACUUGUAACAAUCACAAAUGUGACCAAUUAUGGUUUGAGCAAAUUUUUAUUGACUUUUUUUAAUAGGUCCACUACAGCUCUGAGAUGAGUUCUUAAUUGUAGAGGCAUUAUGAUUGUUGCAAGAUCACACUCACAAUACUCAGAUUGUCAAAGGUCAGGGGAGUUCAUUUGUUUAUGUAGCACUUGACUGAUCUUGCACUUUCACUGCAUGCCAUCUUAUGUGCUGAUUACAGACUGUAAUGAAGUCUUCUUGUUGUUUACUACUUAGUUUAUAACAGAGCGUCUCAAGGGACAUGUUUUUACAUGUAUAUAAGAUCAAAGUUCUGGUUUGUUGGAUUUUCUUUUUUUUCCCCCCAGCAUCAAUGCCAUAUUUAUAGCUUAAAUCCUGCAGUAGUCUAUAAUUUACACUGAGAAACAAAAAUACAGAGGGAUAUAUUAUCGUUUGGAUUGUGGUGCAAAAGCAUGUUUUAAUAUCGGAUUUUGAAGGUAAUUCAGGUAAUAGGACAGCAUGAUCACAAAUUUGGUCAUCGUCCUUAAUCUGCCAGUUUACCUCGUGCCGAUGAGAUGGACGUUUGUAACAAGAAGUGCUCUGAUGUUUAUUGACAUUCUUUUUUCCCCAUUUCUAAUGCUUUUAAAAAAUGCUGAUUAUUAAACUGUUUUAUUUUCUUUAAAUUGCAGUCCUGCCUUUUGCCUGCAAGUCACUUCAGCUGUUUUUAGAUAACAGGAAAUGGUACUUUAAAAUGUCUUUAAACUUAAAUAUGAUAUGGAUUUUCUUGUUUAUCUUUUGUCAGUGUAUUAUUUUAAAUGUGCAGUUACUUUGAACCGCAAGCAAGUCAUGUCAUAACCUGACAACAAUAAAAGAAUGAAGAAUGA